CCAAUCCAGUAGCAACGCAAAAAUGGCAGCGCCCUUUAAAUGUGUGUGACCGAGUGCGGUUGAAGACGCGCGAUGAAUUCGUGAGCGUUGAAUUGCGUUUUCGCCUAGUUUCUGUCACGUUUGACUGAUUAGCGGACACGGAUACGCGAUGAGCGGGCGGCUCGUAACUUUGUGUCAGGGUAUGGGACGUUUGGCGACAAACUUUCUGCGCGUGCAGCCGGCCGGCGGCGGCAGGUACGCGUUGCGGCCCACGCUCCGUGCAAACAGUUCAUCCGUGCAACCGUCGGCGAAGCUGCCUUUUGAAGUGGACACUAACGUCGCCAAGCACACGGAGAUCUACCGCUACGACAACUUCAGAGUGUUCGCGGCACUGCGGAUGUUCACGGUUUCGCAGGCUUUCCUGUGGGCCUACAUGGCCCAGGUCUGUUACACGAUCACCGAUCCUAAGGAGGCCCCUCCGCCGGGCGCAGAUACUAGCGGGAGGUUUGGCGGAUUGUUCCAGUUCCUCCGCGAGCGUUUGACUACGCAGCCGUACCGCUAUGGCCUGGUCGUCUUCUGCACUGCUGUGGGCACGGUGGUUGCUGUGGGAAGCAGCAUGUUCGUUCUGCGCAAUGUGCGUUCCCUGGUGUUGAUCAAGGGUGGCCAGCGAGUCGCUGUGCAGACGUACGCGCCAUUUAAGGAGCUGCGAACCUUUCAAGUCCCGCUGGAGCACGUUAGCUGUGGCCAGUCGCGACUACAGAAGUCCAGCUACAUCACGCUCAAGAUAAAAGGUCACCGGAUGCACUACGUGCUUGACCAGCGGGGCCUCUCGCAUCCUGAGCUGUUCGACAACACGGUUGGUAUGGCCAGGAAGUUGAAGUGAAAUGACAGCAACUUAAGAGACUGCUGAAAAUCAUUCGUUAAUAGUUCGAAACGUUUCUAACCAUGCACAGAAUGUACACUGUAUGUUGUUGUGCCUGAUAUUUGCGAUAUAGAUUAAAUAAAGAGGACACCAAAGCGAAACAAA